CCAUUCAUAUAUACUUCUUCAUACUAUGUGGUUAAACAUUUCAUUGUUAAAAUAUCACAUUAAUCUGCUCCUUAAAUUUCCCUUAUCAUUAGGCCAUCUUGUGUUUUUAUCAACAGUUCAGUGCAUGCAUAGCUGCUUACUUUGUGAAUAUUUUGUAUGUGCCUAGGGAUCGCAGGUAGAGGGAAUUAUAUUCAAUAAUGACAUCCCAAAGAUCAGCCCUUGCCUUCAGCUUUAUAAAAAGUAUCUCAUUUCAAAUGCCAUUAUAAGGCUGAUUCCAGAAAAAUAUCAAACUUCCGACCUGAUAAUACUAUGGGUUAUCACCAGCCGAACAGUUAUCGAACCAGCCAAUAAUGAUGAUGAUAUACUCCCUGUAAAGUUUGCGUGUACAGAAUUCAGUGAUCUUGUGAGCUUUAUGGAUGACAAAGAAAAAUCAGUUGAUGUUCUUGAUGUAGUAGUUAAAGCACUGGAUGUCAAACAUAUCAACAGAAAUGGAAAAGAUUCAGUCGUUCAAAAAUUCGUCAUUGUUAACAAAGAGAGUCGCACUAUCUACCUGGUUUGACUCAGCAAUUCUUAUUGAUCCACUUAUAGAAGAAACUGGAAACCUAAAGAAAUGAGCUAGGAAAAAUGCUCAGCUCCUCAAUGACCUUGUUACUGACGCAGCUUACAUGAAGUACAAUCCUGAUAUGGCUCUUAAACCAGAUCAAAAGAUAACUAAGAUUAUCCUUUUGAAACCUACACAAAAGAGCUCUUGGGUCAAUGUGUCUUUCUCAUUUGAGCACAUCUUCCAGAAAUUCUGGUAUAUGGGAUGCAAAAAAUGCUUCCAUUCUAUAGCAGCUCCACGUGGAGUGGUUUUUACAUGCAAUUCGUGCAAAGAAAGACAUCCAGCUGAACCAAGAUGUCGCUUCGACAUUGAUUUGACUGAUACAACAGGCACGGUCACUGCUUCCAUUUUUGGUGAAUUAGCAGACAAUUUGCUUACUUUCACCGGAUUGGAAGCAAUGGACCACUUCACUCAGAACAUUGAACUUUCCUUGGAAAAAAGUCAUGCUGAGCUAAAACAGAAGCUUUUUUUGGCUCAUAUUAGACCUGUUCAGUCUCAGCUGGCCGAUGCAAAGCAGCGUUAUACAAUUAUAUAUUAUUGUGAAACUACUGAUCAGCUGGAAUCUCAGUUGUUGGAUAUCCAAGAAAUGCCUGAUCAUGUUUUAACCUAUAAUGAAGCUACAAACAGUGCUUCAAUUGCUUCAGCAGUAAAUGAUGCUUCUUCUUCAAGAGUUAAAUCAUGCCUUGCUAAAAGAUUUGAAGAGUCAGAAGGAGAUUGUUCAUCUGCAUCACCACUUGAAGAUGCCAGUUCGCAUAAAAGAGCAAAAUUAUCUUAGAGCUGCAUGCUCACUGCCCCAUCAAUCCUGCUGCCUUAUUAUUUUGUUCACCAUCCCUGAUGAACAAUUCUACUUGUUUUGUGUUACCAUGGAGAUAAACUUGUCUCGUCCCUCUGCUUUUGUCAAACUUGUCUUGUGUGAGGACCCGAAAAAUUUCUUA